CCUGCUCGAGUUUUUGACCAACUUGGACUGGACGCGUUUUUCUCUACCAUCCUUCGCCUGGUCAAUAACAUACCCACCACCUUAUUUUUAUUAUUUUUUUCCUCAGGUAUUCGCGUUAUCCUUCCCCCUUCUCUUUUCUUCUUGCCUCUUUUCGUCUCUCUGUUCGGCAAACAACAUCCGCCGCCGGCAUCGAGACCACGAAUACGAGGCAACAAAUCCAUCAAGCUCUUGUCACGACUUUGCUAUUAUCAGGAUGUCUGACGAGACACCUGCGCAAUCUGCCGCCGCGCAGCCUUCCGAAGCUGCCGCCACCACAACUGCUGCUGCUGCUGCUGCUGCUGAGGAGGGAGUCGUCUUGAAGCCUGUCGCGUCCGGCCCCGGGGCGAAGUCAAUUGAUUCCGACUCUACCACAGAGGCUGCAGAGCUCAAAGGGGAUGACUUAGAUGAGCCUACGGAGCCAACGGAAGAAUCAACUUCCACCGAGAAGGCCGUUUCGUCCGACACUAAGCCCACCGAGCCUGACGUCGAGAUGGCGAAUAAACCAGCUGACGAGACCAACCUUUCUACCGCUGGUGCCGAUAACGAGUCUAAGAAGGCUGUGGAGCCUGCGAGCGUCGAAGAGGAAGCAACUACACAAGCCGCCGAGGACGCUGCUGAAGGUACCGCAAAUGAAACGGAGUUACCGACCUCCGGAGAUAAGUCUAGAGCGCGUCGCAAGUCUGCCGGCGACAGCAAGGCAAAGAAGCUGAACAAGAAGGCAUCCCGAGUCAAGAUUCUGCACGUCGACGCGAAGCCGGGCGAUCAUUAUUUCGCCAAGCUCAAGGGGUUCCCACCGUGGCCCGUUAUCAUCGCAGAAGAAGGCAUGUUGCCUCAAAGUAUGCUGGGCACACGACCCGUCACUGCAGCACGACCCGAUGGAACGUACCGCGAGGAUUUCGCCGACGGCGGAAAGAGAAUCGCCGACCGAACAUUCCCCGUCAUGUAUCUUCACACCAAUGAAUUUUCGUGGACCACCAAUACCGACUUGAGCGAACUCGACCCGACAACGGUUGCCAGCCUCGUCACGACUAAGAUGCGCAAAGAUCUGCAGAAUGCGCAUCUUCUGGCCGCGGAACAGAACUCGUUGGAAUACUACAAGACCGUGUUGCAGGAGUUCGAAGAGCAGCGGCUCGCGCAGGCUGAGGCUGAUGCGGCCAAGAAGGCCAAGGCCAACAAGACACCCAAGAAAUCAAGCAAGGCUGCUGAAACCGUCACAGCGGACGAAGACGACGACAUCGAUAUGGCCGAUGUGGACGACGGUGAUGACGUAGAGCAGCCGGCGGAGAGGAAGUCGAAAUCCAAGAAACGCAAGGCGGAUGAUAACAGCGUACGGGAACUUAUAUCUGCCCCCCAACGCUCCGAGUCUGUCAAGAAACCUAAGAUCAAGUUGACAAACCUGCCGUCGUCUAAGGGAGCGAACGGUGUGAAAUCACCCACCAAGGAUGCUUCGCCCAAGCCUGUCAAGAUCAAGGCGAAGUCCGGGAGGAGUAGCAAGGAGAAAGCGGACAACAAGGAGAAGGAGCCAAAGGAACCAGAACUUAGCCCCGAGGAGCGACACGUACGCAAGGAGAAGGAAAUACUUUUCCUGCGCCACCGCCUGCAAAAGGGUCUACUUCUCCGAGACCAAGAGCCUAAGGAGGAAGAAAUGAAAUCGAUGUCCGAGUUCCUUGCGAAACUCGAAACAUUCCCCGAUCUAGAAGUCAGCGUCAUCCGCGUAACCAAGAUCAACAAGGUCUUGAAGGCCAUAUUGAAGCUGGAGACGAUUCCCAAAGAGGGGGAAUUUCAAUUCAAGCCGCGAUCGCAGACUCUAUUAGACAAGUGGAACAAGAUCCUCGCUACCGACGGGGCCGCUUCUGCACCUACGUCUGCCAACGGCGUGAACGGAGCACCGGCCGGUGUUGCGAAGGACGGGAAGGAGACGACCAACGGUGUAAAGGCGGAGCCAGAUAAGGCCGACUCGAAGAAUGACGUUGCGGAUAAGGAGGCAAAGGAAUCCGAAGCUAAAGAAGAUUCGGCCAGCGAAGACAAGCCAGACGCGGCGGAGAGUACGAAGGCUCCUACCGAUAAGGUGACCGCGGAGGUCGAGUCUACGGCAUGAAGUGACAGGUUUCCAGAUUGGACGAGACCCAAGGCGGUUUUUUUUUUUUAGGUGCCCGAAGAAUGAGGGCAGCAACUAUGGGCGUUUGGGGUAUAAGAUGGGCUUCAUCUCGUCGGGUGCGGCUGUGACGCGACAUUCCACUACUCCAAAGUGAGGAUGCGUACGACAUCUGAGGACCUGGACCCCGUAAUGUGUCCAUUCUAUGUACAAUUAAGCAGUACUUCAUUCCGAUCAGCUCCUGCGCGAUACCGGAGUCGUUGAUGUUUUGGUCAGGAGGGGCCUUUUGGCAAGGGAGAGAGAGAGGGGGAU